GCAUCCUCGAUCUGGCAGCCCACACUUUAUCCUCAACAUUUGAGCCCAGUUCGACUUUCGACUCCCUCGACAGUUCCAUCUCAUAAAGGCGGAGGCUCCCGCAUGCGGCAUGGAGCAUUCUUCAGAGCCAUCUCACUGGGUGUCUUCGUCACUGCUGGGCUCAGAUCCUCUGGCGGCCUUCUCCUCUGAGGCAAGUCUGCUGCCUCCAGGAGAAGAUGGAGAUGCCUUCUUUUGCGGCCAGGACACAGACUACACCAACCUGUCCUCCUUCUUCUCCAACCCGAGUCAGAAUCGAAUACCUUCCACCUACAGGAACGGCUCGGUCCGGCAGGUGUUCACCUCACCGAGUCUCCUCGGCAACCUCCAGUUGCUGGACGGGGCGGCCGGUCACUCCCUGGGCUCACCCUACAAUUCUCCAGACACCACCUGGAGCAGCAGCCCUCUGACAAAAACCACACUGCCGACCUCUUUGUACGCAGGGGCCUCCUCCUCCCUCACCCCUUCCAGGGAUGGAUAUUCAUCUCCAAUUAGGGAGAGCAGGGAGAGUCCUCAGCCUCUGGAGGCCCUCAAGGCUGAGCGUAUGAGCCCACUCGGGGGGUCGACGUCCUGCAGCGGUUUUCUCCAUCUGACUCCUGCGGUCGGAAGCAUGUACACAGCGACGUCCCAAUCGCACACGCACAUGCUGAGCUCUUACAGCCCAUAUAUGACGAGCCCACAGGAGUAUGCCGCUGCUAACUACUACAACAGCCCCGGUGCCUGGAUAAGCCCCGCAUACUCCCCGAAACUUUGCAACAAAAUGAGAAUAUCCACACCAGAGGCUAGAGAGUGUGUUAAUUGUGGAGCCACAGCAACCCCUCUGUGGCGCCGUGACGGUACAGGCCACUACCUGUGUAACGCCUGUGGACUGUACCAUAAGAUGAAUGGCCAGAACAGACCUCUGAUCCGACCCAAGAAGAGACUGAUUGUCAGCAAGCGGGCAGGCACACAGUGUGCCAACUGUCACACGAGCACGACGACACUGUGGAGACGCAAUGCAAAUGGGGAGCCUGUCUGUAACGCUUGUGGACUCUACUUUAAACUUCACAAUGUCAACCGACCCCUCACUAUGAAAAAAGACGGCAUUCAAACCCGCAACAGGAAAGUGUCGAACAAGAACAAGAAGAGUAAGAAGGCAGCCACGUUGGAGACGUUCGCAGAAGGCGCUCAGCCGUAUUCCCUGGAGGGCAACGGCGGGCCCUUCGCCCUCGGCCCCGCCACUCUCCUGACUUACAGCCACGCACCCCACCUCAUUCCAGGCUCAUCGCCUCUGCACGCCACUGCUCCCUUACCAUACCCACACCACCGCAACCCGGGCAUGGUGACCACUUUAGUGUGAAUGAAGAUGGCGGCAGUCCGGCCGGCCGGCCGGCUGGCUCACGAUGUAAAUAUUAGCAAGGUUCAUUUAAUUGUCUUUUCUAUUAUUCACGGCGUGAAGUUAUUUGUAUGUGAUGUCACGGACUGUUUGUCUAAUUUACCAUGACAUGUAAACAGCAGGCAAAUGAAUAAAACGUGUGAAUUUACUGUA